AUGAUGUGCACCUCGAGCUGGGGUUUCAAAGCCCUUUCCCUAAUGAUAUUAUGCAGGUAAGAGAUGGCGGCGUUGGUUGCAUUCUUCCUCUGUGCAUGCAGAAUCAUUUGGGGUGGGAGCAAAAGGUUAUUGGGGCAUUUCAAGACAAUGAAACUUGGGAGGUGGAGAGCUUGCAAGGAGCUGCCUAUCUCUACAGCUUCUUUGAUCAGGCCUGCCCCCUCAAAUUCUCUUGGUCCUCCUUUGACCUCCAUUGCCCACCUGCCCCUCCCAUCAAGAUCCUCAUUUUCACCCACUACAGGAAGAUGUGGAGGAUGGGAAGCAGAGGAAGAGAAGUCGUGUCAGGAUCCUCCCUUGGGGCUUUCCAAGAGAGAGAGGGGAGGUGCUUCCCCAGGUUUCCACCUUGCAACUGUAUUAUUCACUAAUAGAAUAGGGAGGGAAAGGUGGUCAGGAAAUCCAUUACAGUCAUACCUCGGGUUACAGAUGCCUCAGGUUGCGUUUUUUCGGGUUAUGGACCCGCCGAAACCCGGAAGUACCAGAACGGGUUACUUCCGCGUUUGGGCGGCAGCGCAUGCGCAGAAGCGCUAAAUCGUGCUUUGCGCAUGUGCAGAAGUGCCGAAUCGCAACACACGCAUGCGCAGACACGUCACUGUGGGUUGCGAACAUGCAUCCUGCAUGGAUCACAUUCGCAACCCGAGCGUCUACUGUAUUUUCACUAGUCAAACUAAUAAGUGAUUCCUUCUUUUGCACAGCUGAUGUCUCCAUUAACAGAGGGACAGUAGUUUUUGUGUCUACCCAUCAUGGACUGUGCCAAUGCUAGUUAUUAGUCAUGGUGGCUAUACGCUGCUUUGGUUCGCCAGAAGCAGCUUAGUCAUGCUGGCCACAUGACCUGGAAGCUGUACGCUGGGUCCCUCGGCCAAUAAAGCGAGAUGAGCGCCGCAACCCCAGAGUCGGCCACGACUGGACCUAAUGGUCAGGGGUCCCUUUACCUUUACUAGUUGUUGGGAAAGAUGGAGGGCACAAGGAGAAGGGGACGACAGGAUGAGAUGGUUGGACAGUGUUGUCGAUGCUACUAAAAUGAGUUUGACCAAACUGCGGGAGGCAGUGGAAGACAGGAGUGCCUGGCGUGCUCUGGUCCAUGGGGUCACGAAGAGUCGGACACGACUAAACGACUAAACAACAACAACCAGUUGUUAGGGAGGGACUACGGAGAAAGCUGUUAAUUGUCACGUCCCAUUUGUGGGAUUCCCAUAGACAUCUGGUUGGCCACUGUGGGAAACAGACUAGGUGAAGCUUUGGUCUGGUUCAGUGGGGCUCUUAUUAUGCCCAGUAGUGUUUGGUGGAGCAGUGAAGGUGGGGUUGCAUUGCAUACCUGGUUUCCGUAUGGCAAGCAUCACUGCUGCUGUCAUGGACUGGUUGGACACAGAAGAGUGGUGGGGAGAACCAGCUAGGGAAACCCCAGGGGGAAAGACUCAGAGCCCAGGGAGUGAUGGUGGGACAAUGAUGAGUAGUCAGAGGGAGAAGACGUAGAAGAGGUGGUGUCAGAAGCUGAAGAAGUAACAGGGCUUAGUGAGCUGGGAGAGUCUGUGGCAGAGGGGAGUCCAGAAUCAGAGGCUGGAGAGGAGAGAGGCCAAGAGACAGAGAUGAGUUAGGCUGGUGAAGAGUCACAGGUGUCUCCUCUUCCUGCUGCGACAAGCUGCCCUCCCCCCAUCUCCAGAAGAUGACUGAAAUGGGCAGAGCAGUGGCAGGCUUCAUGCUGGCACAGUCUCUGAUUGCUUGGGGAAAGCCCUGAAGAGAAGACGAUAUAGACGGCUAUGGGGAGAUGAGGACUUUCAGUCUUGUCAACUGAUCCACACUGGUUGCCUUUGGUAUCAUUCUGUUCCUGUCCUUUAUAACUAAACUCUACGCAUCUAAUGUUAAUGAUUGCAGAUUUCCUGUUCUCUUUGACUUCAGCUAAGUGUGCCUUUGCUUGAAUAGACUAUGCUAGUCACUAUAGAAACAUGCAAAGAAAAGUGGUUCCUGCCUAAAGAAUUUUACUACCUGAUUUGGAAACAAUCAAAUCUGUUCAGUCAUGCGUUCCAUGGCAGGGCAUGGUGCAUGCAUGUUAAGUUUCUUUGCGAGUGAAUGAAAUGGUUCCAGAGCAGGAUUGUGUUUCAAGGUAUUGCUCCCCAGCCGUCUGCUUUCAUAAACUAUGCAGGAUUUUAUCACAUUUGAAUUUUUAUCCUCAGAUACCUGUCAACAAUAAUUGCAUCUGAUUUGUAUGUUGUGAUAGGGAACAUCAUCCCUGCACAGGCAACUGUGAGGGUGGGUUUUUCAGGGGGCGCACUCAAUAGAUAGACCGGCAGAUCAAGUGGAUUAUAGGAUUAUGGGAUGAAGUUUCAUAUUAUUUGUGCACCAGGUUGCAAAGGUGAUAACUUUAUUGCAUGAGAACCAAUUGGAUCCACUGGCCUGCCUAAGUUCAGUGCAAAGAGGACACAGAGGUAUAUUUGCACUUCCUGUAUCAUAAUUUAGAUUUUGAUAUAUAUGUGAUAAUCAUCAGUACACAUACAGGUCACAUGCAUAUGGGUUAUUCCCCCAAAUAUACACAUGGAUACUAUGUCAUUGAAAUAAACAUCAGGGCUCUUAGAGAUAACUUUUGGAUAUAAUUUGCUUUAACUAAAUAUAGUCAGAACAAACCGUAGAGAUCUGGGUUUGAACGUAAUAUAGCUACUGGUUCUAAGUGCAAGUAGAAUCUUUCAUUCUCUUCCUAUUAUACACCAAGGCAGGGUUUCCCAAGCUUGGGUCUGCCAUCACCCCUAGCUAGCAGGAUCAGUGGUCAGGGAUGAUGGGAAUUGUAGUCCAAAAACAGCUGGAGACCCAAGUUUGGGCAACUCUGAACUCAGGAGUGUAUGAGGCCUAGUUUUGCCACAGCUCAUACCUGAUCACUAUAGUAACUUGUCUGUACCAGAACAAAAUUCAUUGUUGUUCUGGAAAUGGAAACUGUAGAUCAGCUUGGUGCUCUUCUGACAUUUUGGCAUACAACUCUCUAAUCAUUGCUGGCCAGUGACCAUGCUGGCUGGGGCUAAUGGGAACUGUAGAGCAAAACAUCUGGAGGACACCAGCUUGGGGUGCAGAGAACAGCUGUGGCAUGCAAAAAUAUUUUCUGAUGUAUUUUAUCCCUUGGGGAAAUUUGACUAAGCAGAUUUCAUGGUAUAUAAAAAUAAACUUCAUUUUAUGGGAUGGGAAAAAGCCUACCUACUAUUAUGUAUCUUGCAGAAACGGCAAGCAAACACUGAACACUUUAGAAAUUCAUUCAGCUAUCAGGGCAGUUGUACCAAAUUUGGGCCAGAUAUAAAACCGGCAGAUUCUGCUCCUUGGGGAACUAAAGCUCUAUCAAGUCUGGCAUUUUGGGAAAUGCUCUUGCUACAUGUAGACAUUAUGAGAUGGAAAAGCAACACAACUUCUGUGUUAGAAAUUUGGCACAGCGUUUCAUCUGUGACAAUAGCCUGAGAAUAAACUCCCUGUUAUUUUUCCUGGUUAGAUUAACACAAGUUUCUCCGGCUGAAGAAAAGGGUGAAAUUCUUCCUCCAACCAUACAGAAAAUAAUGAAAGGAUAUAACAAGUAUCUGCGACCAUUUUUUGACAGUAAGUAGGAAAAAAAGUUUUGAUGGGAAUAGGCUCUUCUGAGAGUUAGAGAACAACUGAAAAAUGAGAAAUGAAACCACAAUUAAAGCCUUUUCAGUCAUGUAUCUUUGGCAGCAUCGUGUCAUUUUAAAAGGUUGUUCUAUCUCCCGAGCUGCAGGGUUUAGAAGGAACCUGAAGGGUUAGCUCUGUCCCUGUGAUACCGAACUAUGAUCUGCCAUAUCUAACAGAAGUGACAGACCGGCCUGUAUAGUCAAGAUUCUUAUUUAUAAUGGCCCAAAAGCAAAGUGUAGAAGGAAUUGAGGAGCCUGUGGUGCAAAGAACACAUUCGCUAACUAAGAAGAUCCAGAUAUCAGAAGGAAUCCAGUCAUGUGCUAGAAGGGAAAUGUGUUGUCUGCUAUCGUCCGUACUAUAUAGACUGUUUUGGUGUUAACUUAUGACCUCUACAGCCCUGUCAUAACAGUGACAUGUUUCAUAAUUUAGAUCUCUAGGGAACACCACUGGCUCCUUGUGCACUUUCAAGUGGUACCAGAGUGCCUAGUAAAAAUAAUAGUUGGAAAUGCUGAAGAACCAGAGGUUGUUUUUUUUCCUGUUUGCUGAAAAAGAACCCACUUCUCUGUGUGUAUUUAAACUAUAAAAAGACUGAGGAGAAAGUAUCCAGUUUGCUUCUUCAGCUGUGCAGCAGCAGCUUCAAACAACAACAAAAUCCUUGCUAUAUGCUCCAAAUUAUGCAUUAUGCAUAAUUAUAAAUAAUGAUCAAAUUUCAUAUAGGUAUAUUAGAUGCUGGGGAGUAAUACAGUUUUAUACCAUCUACCCAGUUAAUAAUUUAGAAUGGUAUGUUUAUUUUAAAGUGGGUUGCUGAACAUCAUUUACAACUACUGCAAAUCUGAGGGAUGCACUGGGCUCCACAUUAAACCCCUCCUUUUAAAUAAUUGUGAAAUGAGUUAGACUAAAGUAGAGACAGAUGUUUCAGUGCUGAUUUUCCUCCCCCCUGUUGCCCUGGGAGACAGAUGCUUUGAACACAGAGAAUGAAAUAUGGAACAACAAAACGCACCACAGUCUGAACAGGUUGCAUCUCAGGGUAUACUGAAUUGCAAGAUUUGGCUGGCUUUGCUGCCAAAGCAGAAUCUACAGCAGAAUCCCUGGUUUCGUGGGAACUUUUGAUGUGAAACUGUUGGCUCUUCACCUUCAGUUUUUAAAACAAGAAGUUAAAAGUGUGGGUUGCAGAAGCAGGUGACUACAUUUGAAUGCUCAGUUCUAAACAUCCUACCACCAUUGCCUAAUAUUUUAUUGAGCUAUUUGAAGAAGUUGAUGAUGUGUAAUGGCAUAAAACAGAAUUCUGGGGCGUUUAAACAUAAUCUUCACUUUGCAUUGGAAGUAACCUUAGUGUGGUUACUUCUGGCUCUUGCCUAGUAAAAUAUGUUAAAUUUCUAGUUGAGCUUCAAUGCAUUCUAUGCAUCCUUGUCUCUCAUCAAAUGGUAUUUCAUUGCAAAACUGUUUUAUUCAUUAGAUUGAAUAAAAGUAAUAAUUUCCAGUUUAUACAUAUUAAUCCAGUAUUCAUUACAAAAUAAAGCAUUCACAUCUAUCGUAAGAUAUUUAACCUUUAUUGGUUUAGCCCUCUGGCCUUCCAAAGCUGGAAAAAGGGAAUAGUUUUCUAUUGCCAUCUACUGGAGAGAGGCAAGAAUAAUUUCAAAAACUUCCCUUAAUGAUGCAGUAGGUAAGCUCAAGGAUCUUGGGAUCAAUCUUUUUUACAAUUUGGUCAAAUUUUACCAGUUUACCAUUAGAGGAAUAAAUCUCGCGUAUGUUAUCUGGUUAUUUUAUUACAACACAUUAAAUCAUUUUAUCAAUCAGAAACAAUAAAGAGUCUUGAAGACUUACAACCGUUAUUAUGCAUUUAAGGUGCCACAAGACUCUCUGGUUGUGGCACUCAGGUUGGUAGCUUGCUUUUAUUUUCAGAAAGGUAACCAAUUUAUACCAGCUGCUAUUCAAAUUUUUCAAGCUAAAGUGUCAUCCCGAAUACUUUUUGGGAUCCCAAUAUGAAUACAAGCAUAUAAUAGUGAUUUAGAUAAGAGACAGUCAAGUUUCUUGAGAUGUUUUCUGAGGCUCCCAAGUCCAAUCAAGUAAGGGGCAAUGUGUGCAGAACUAGGUAUAUACACAUUGGAAUAUUGGGUGUAGGCUAGCACUAUAAAAUACUGUGGUUGCGUUGCCAUUUCCAUUGCCAACCUUUGAAUCUGCUCUCUGACUUACUUAAGGAUUCUUAUAAUUCCAAAUGGUUUCAGCUCUUACAUAGCAAAAUCAGAUCUAUCGGUAUUGACUUAGAACUCUUGCAUAAUUCAAGUGACCAAUAAAUUUAUUGCAAUAUUCAAAUCCAAUUAAGGGACACUGAAAAACAAAACAUCAAGCCAGCUGUAAAUAAAAUUUGCUCCCCCAGGUUCUAUGGUUUAAGUACACCAGAUAACAGGGUCACUUAUAUUUCAAAAUUAAUAACUGCAGUCCAACGCAGGGCCUUUAUGUUAGCCCAACUGAACGUUUCCCCCUCAGCUUCUGUCAAGGGCAGAUAUUUAAACAUCCCCAGAAAUGAUAGACAUUGCAGAUGUUCUUUGAAUGUGCCAGACACAGGAGAACAUAUUUUCUACUGUCCAUUGUACAACCAGCUACGCAAAUGCAAGCUACCUCCUUUUUUGGGUAUCUAACAUCACGGCACAAUGAAAAUAUCAAAAUCUAUCUGUAUGAUAUUAACCUGGAAGUAUCUGCAAGGGUGGCUGAGUUUUUAUCAAUAGUAUCUCAUAGAGUGGUGAAUGGCACUAUUUAGCAGGAAGAAAUUCCAAUGAAAAUCCUCGUUACAUAUUUUUACAUGGCUGUUUAUUUGUAUAUAUUUCAAAUUUUUAUAUAUGGAUGUUUUAUGAUAGCCUUUAUUUGUACAGUGGUGCCCCGCAAGACGAAUGCCUCGCAAGACGGAAAAACCGCUAGACGAAAGGGUUUUCCGUUUUGAAGUUGCUUCGCAGGACGAAUUCCCCUAUGGGCUUGCUUCGCAAGACGAAAAUAUCUUGCGAGUCUUGAGAUUUUUUUCGCUUUCCCCCUUUAUCUAAUCUGCUAAGCCUUUAAUAGCCUUUAAUAGCCUUUUAGCAGCUAAUCCCCUAAGCCUUUAAGCCUUUAAUAGCCGCUAAACCGCUAAUAGCGCUAAUAGCGCUAAUCCGUCAAUGGGCUUGCUUCGCAAGACGAAAAAACCGCUAGACGAAGACUCUCGUGGAACGGAUUAAUUUCGUCUUGCGAGGCACCACUGUAAUGCCUAAUAAAGGUUUGGUGAAGAAGAUGGUUAUGUAUUUAAGGUGCAACAAGACUCUCUGGUUACGACUGGACAUAAUGGUAAAUGGUUUAUUGUUAUGGGAAUGAGCCCAGGUAAGUCUCUGCCAUGCAUGCCUCCCCCUUCCUUCUCUCCAAAAAAGAGAUUGGAACAUUUUACCCUAAACUGUGGUUGAUCUUAGUCAGUGGUGUGAGAUCAGUGGACUAGUGGGACUAGGCCAAUCCCCCUGGUGCUUCCUUCCCAAAGCCCAGGAAACUUCUGCCCAGCUUAGAGAAGGAGGUGCAAUGUUCACACCCCCUUGCAAGCUGGCACCUCUGGCCCUAAUUGUUCCCCUACGAAAAAAUUCACCACAUGCCACUGAUCUUAGCUAUGGUUUACUGGAAUAAACCAGCUUCAUAAACCAAGGUUUGAAGUUGGAUUGUUUCAUUACAACAACUUAAAGCUAACCAAAGUUUGUCCAUAUCUGGACAAAAGGGCAAAUUGUUAUUUGUAAAAAAAAGAAAAAAGAGGAAGCUUCCAGUGUCCUCCUAGUGGCCAUGCUGAAGGAAGAAGGAAGGGGAACCCAAAGUUUGCCUGAGCUCAUUGCCAUAGUGAUAAACUGUAGUUUAUCAUUACAUUCAAAUGAGGCCUCUCUUGUUUUUGCUGCAACUGACUUGCAUGACUACUUACCUGGAAAUUUCAUCUAUUGAGAUGCAAAGUCCAUUUGGCUUCACUAAAUGCGGCAACUGUUUUCUUUUCCUUUAAAUAUUGGAAAUUUUCAAACAGUAUCCACUCCUCCUGUCUUAAGGUGAAUUGCUGGGACUAAAUUUGAAAAGCCCUUUUCUGUAAUAAGACUAAACUCUGAAGAAUAACUCCUCGGACACAUUUGCAACUUGUUCACAUGCCAAACCCAGAAGCAAUUGCACCAUCAGUGGACAUCUGGAAGAAGCAGAAGGAUGCAAGUCACUGAGGGAAGGGAACCCUCAUUGCAGUUUUGUCAAUUUUAUAUCAUUCCCAAAACUGCAGAAAAGUGGGCAGCAUUUCUUUGAAUUACUUAAAUAACAGGAGGGUUGCUGAAGAUUUCACAAACAUGGAAGGAUGCAUAUGCUGAGUGUUUCACACAGAGUAGACCCACACUGAAAUUAAUGAACAGGAUUAAAUUAAUUCUUGCUGGAUUGAAUCAAACAGACCCCCUCCCCCCAUCAUUAUAUGAUUUUAGUAUUAAACAUCUUUGCUAAAUUAACAUCAGUUUUUUUUAAAAAAAAAACAUUUGGCCUUAAUGUCCAAUUUUUGAUGUGCAUUCUUAUUUCCAAAUGGAUACAUUGCACUGUAUUUCUGUGAUAUAGGGAUUUCUGCACUGUUUCCUAUCCAGGAAGCCCUACCCAGUGAAACUGCUAAAGCUGGCUAAACAACUCCAAAAUGUGCUCAGUUGUCUUCACAUGUUUGCUCCAAGACCACAUCGGACCCGCAGAAACUCCUGUGAGACUAAUCUUUCUCCCUCAGGAAAACUGACUUUGGAAGUCCUGCUUUUAGCUCCAGUCUCAUGUAAUCUGCCACAGCAUAGUGAUGAACUCUCAGUACCGAAACAAAGACCACAACCUCUUACUAUAGACUGAAUAUUAAUUUUAUGCUAUGUUUGUGCAUCUAUUUCAGAUGGCCCUGUCUCCGUAGGAAUGAGUAUGGAUAUAGCAAGCAUUGACACAAUAUCGGAAAUAAACAUGGUAUAGUAGUGGUUUUUUUUCUUACUUCAUAUUGUAUUAAGUAUAACAGGAAACUUUUUCGUUCUCCUUUUGCUUCCAGCAUCUUUGCUAGACUUUCAGAAUAAGGAACCAAUAUCAUUAAAAAAACAAAACAAAACAAAACACCUCACUAAAACACUUUGGGGCAACAUGGCCAUUUUACUUCAUACUGCUAAGCUUGUAUCCAGUGCUGUGCGAGAACAGCAUUUCACGCACAAAAGGCAUGUAGCGAGUUGCUUUUGAGAACCUAUCCCUUUUGAAACUGCUAUGAGUUAAUAAUAGUUGUUGUUUCCAUACAUAUAGCAGAUCAAACGAAAGGGGUAUGUGUGUUAUAAUGUAUUUAGUUAGCUGUCUGUUUUAAAGUGUGCUCUCUUCCUAGGAUUACACAGCUACCAUAUUCCUAAGACAACGAUGGACUGAUGAACGCCUUUGUUUUGAGGGUAACAAGAGCUUAAGCUUAGAUGGCCGCCUUGUGGAGAUGCUUUGGGUACCAGACACCUUUAUAGUGGACUCAAAAAAGUCUUUUCUUCAUGAUAUCACAGUUGAAAACCGUCUAAUAAGAAUAUAUCCCAAUGGAACAGUCCUUUAUGCCAUAAGGUAUGCUCAUUGCCCAAAGAGUGCUUUUUCAAAGAGCCCUUCUGAGAUUGAUUAGAAUGAAUUGUGACUGUUUUAAGUGGAUCCUCUUUCACCAGCUACGUUGCUUAUAAUCAUUAUACUAGACCAGAUAGAUUCCUGAUCCAGCUAUUUGUUCCAUACUUUCAGAGCUGCUCUCCCCUCCAUCACAGUUAAUGGGGAAGCUUGCUUGUGGGAGAGCUGUAUCAGUUCUGUGCCAAUGUUCACCUAGAGGCUUUCACCAUCCCUCGCUCACCUCUUUUCAAGUUCAGAUGUUCACUGUCUCAUCAGUAAAUCCUCUGGCACCAUCUUUUUAAAAGAAGAAAACAGGGACUGCUUCAUGCUGCAUAUGUGAAGCCAACAAUAUGGGAUUACAUAGCCAGUGUGAUGAUGAUUGACAAUGUCACAUGGCCAGUAAGAUCUGACUAGCUGAUAAUGUCAUGAAGGCAGUUCAUAGUGAGGACUGUGUUGCCUUGCCAUCCUUCUCACUUUGAUGGCCAGAGCAGAUGAAUUGAAAUAUUAUCAACUAUUUUCAAAAUUUGUUUCUGUACAAUUGGGGUAACCUUUUUCAGGAUCUAAAAAGGGAAGAGUAGCAAUUCCAACUGAAGCGCUUAAUCUUUAUCUAUCUAUCUAUAUCUAUCUAUCUAGUAAAUCCCAAUUCAACUAAUUUAAAAAUACAUUUACUAUAGACAAAAAGCAAAGCAACAUAGAAAGGGAAAUGAAGCCAGGGAUAAACAGGAAAUUAUGCUGUUGUUUCAAUUGCGCAAACACAAGGAGUUACAGUAUAUCAGCCUUUCCCAACCUGGUGCCCUCCUGAUGUUUUAAACUACAGUUCUCAUCAUUCCAGGGCAUUCUCCACACUUGCUGGGUCUCCUGAGGCUGUAAUCUAAAACUUUUGGUGAGCACCAAGUUGGGAGAAGCUGCAGUAGGGUGCUGAGACAAAGGGAGAUGAUGGUGACUGUACUGUAAUUUUGCAUCGUUUCUAUUUUAUUUAUUCCAUUUAUAUACCGCCUUUCACUUUCAAGGAGCUCAAGGUGGUGGACAUGGUUCUCCUCCUCCCCAUUCAAUCCCCACAGCAACCUUGUGAGGCAGGUUAGACUGAGAAGGAGUGACGGACCCAAGGUCACCCAAUGAUUUGAACCCUGGUCUCCCAGGUCAGAGUCCAGCACUCAAACCAUUGUGAGGUGGGCCCAAGAGACAGGGUCUUCAGCAGUAGUGCCAUCAUUGUGAAAUGCCCUCCCAGUGAAGAUCUAUCAGGCUUCCUCCAGAUGUGAGUUGAAUACACUUUUAUUCUGGGUGAAGCCUCCCAGAGUCCCUGGGGUAACCCAGGCAGCAUGCAUUAUUUAUUAUUAUUAUUAUUUACUACUACUACAGACCUUUGAUGCUAAAUAAUUCUUCCAUUUAAAAAAAAAUAUUUAUUAAUUUUCCAACCGUUUAAACACAACAAAACAGAAAAAGAAAAAAAAAGAAAAAAACAACAACAUAAGACUAAAAAAAAAGACACAAACCAUUUAAAACACAAAACAAUUUCAAUAUCUUAUCUUUCAUUCCCUUAUUUCCACGACCUCCUCACACUUCCCUUUUUGUAUUCCACUUCUGUUCAUUGUUUCAGCAAUUCCUUUCCAUCUUCCUCUGUUUUCUAUCCUAUAAUUAUCUUAACAUAUUCUAACCUUAUUUUUCCCUUUAAUACACUAUUAAUCUAUUUAUACUUGAUUCCUUAUAACAUUUCUACUGAAGCCAUAUAACUUCAUUCCAACAUUUUUCUAACAUUCAUUAUUUUUACAAUAUUUCUAUAAAUAGUCUUAAACUUUUUCCAGUCUUCUUCCACCGACUCUUCUCCCUGGUCUCGGAUUUCUGCCAGUCGUUUCCGCCAAUUCCAUAUAGUCCAUCAACUUCAUCUGCCAUUCUUCCCGAAUAGAUAAAUCUUGUGUCUUCCAGUACUUCACAAUAAGUAUUCUUGCUGCUAUUGUUGCAUAUGUGAAAAAAGUUCUAUCCUUCUUUAAUACCAAUUGGCUGACCACGCCCAGGAGAAAGGCCUCUGGUUUCUUCAAAAGGGUAUAUUUAAAUACCUUUUUCAUUUCGUUAUGAAUCAUCUCCCAAAGUGUCUUAAUCCUUGGGCAUGUCCACCAAAGGUGAACUCUAAUCCUCAAAUUCGUCUGUUUUUCUUUAAGUUCAGUCAUAGCAAGCGUCAACUUAUGUUCAUCAAAUUGCCUCUGUAGGGCUGGGGCUCUCUUUCUCUUUCUCUCCAGUUGUGUUACUUUACAUUCAGCAACAACAGCUUUUUCCCUGGCUUCCUCCGCAGUUUGCCGUAUCAAAGUAGGUUCCUGUGUCAAUUUCUGGGUGGUUUCUGUAUUGGUGUUAUUUAUACUUUCUGUAUUUAAGUUAAUUUUAGUAAUUGAAACAUCCACUUUCGCAUUUAUCGUGUCCAUUUUCCUGUUAAGCUGAUCCAGUGAGUCAUUUAUCUUAUAUAAUGCAGCCACUAAAGCCUCUUCUGUCGACAUUCCUCUUGGUUUUAAAUAUACUGGUACAAAGGCAGCAACAGAAGAAGCAGGGGGGGCUAAUGAUGGACCUCUCCUGGAUUAUUGCCAAGUCCUCCCAGACCUUAAUGUUUUGUCAGCAGUUGACUGGUCUGUUUUUCCUCUUCCAUUUACCAUAACACUUAAAAGAUUCAAGGUCAGUUCCAGAGUCUCACGGUUUUUAACUUGCAGCUGGAAAUUCCCCUAGCCCAGCUCUUGUAAAGCAACCGGUUUCAAAGGCUUCCACUAGGGGAAAACAGUUUCUAUUUGUAAUAGUCAAUAGUAUCCUCUUUUAAACAAUCCAAAAUUAGUUUCAAUUUUCAGUUACUUUUACACCUUUAUAAAGCAGCCGGAGACAGUAGAAACAAUGUAUUUCUCGUUUAACUAGCUGUCAAUGAACAUUCUAAACGCUGUCAAUGAACAUUCCAAAAGACGUCAGUCCUGCUAGCAGCCCGUUUCCAGGGUCAGAGCGGCGGUGUUUUAAAUCUCUUCGCUCUCUCCUGCAGGCAUACUCAAUCCGCAACUUCCCCCUCUCUUCUCCUGCCUCCAAGAGGGGGUUUAAUGUUCUUUACCGCUGGAAAUUUAAUCUUUUACAAAAGGCUUUCCAGGACUCCAGCUUGCAACUUCAUUGCCUCAGUCUAUUUACAAAAGGGGAAGGCGGACUUCCUGUUUUGGACCUCCCCGUUACAGUAUCAAAUUAAACAUUUAGAAAUCCAAUUCUUCCGCUUCAGCUCUACUCACGGGUAAUUACUUUAAAGUCAAAUUGUCCACAGGAAAAGGUCAGCGCUCUCCGGCAACAGCUAUGCGGCUUCGCUCCGUUGAAGAAGCAGACGAUUCGAUGCACCGCGCCGCUCACCCCACGUCGCUCCGGAGCCCCAAAAACCGGGGUUCCCUGCGAGUGGGGGAGGUGCAAAAGGUGCCUGCCAAAUCCCACGCUCACAGGCUUCUCCCGCCUGUGAUUUUAACGGGUCUCCGCCUUCGCAGUGGCGGCCAGAUCCAGAUUCCCACGGAGCAGAUUCCUCCCGAUCAGAGGAAUUCCGCCAUUACCGGAGGCACCUCCCCGGAAGUCCAUUUUUCUUCCAUUUUUUAGGCUGCUGCUUACGCCUUUUAACUUACAAUACUGCCGUUUUCUUACCUUCAAGCACUGCAUUUGUUUUUAACCAUUUUUGUUUUCCACCGUCUCAUUUUUGCUAAGAUUCAGAAUGAAGUGGGGUGUAAAGGAGUUAAUAAUUUCGCAUCUUUAUUCCCUAGCUGUCUUUUGACAAAAAACAUCAGGCGAUCUUUCCCCCCUAGCCAUAUGUUUUGCCUUUUUUAAAAAAGCUCAAAUAAGUAGGAUAAUUUGUUUCUAUUUUCAGUGCUCAGUAUGAUGCAUGGAUGGUAACCAUCUGUACUUUGCUUUUAAAGGAUAACUACAACAGUUGCCUGUAGUAUGGAUUUGACUAAAUACCCUAUGGACAAACAGACGUGCACCUUGCAACUGGAAAGCUGUAAGUGAUUUUAUUACCUCUAACAAAGAGAGGGGCAGGGGGCAGGGAAGGGAGCCCAUUUGCAGGGACACUGGAGAGAGGGUGCUACAAAAGAAGCUCCCAGGUAGUGCUAGGCUGCAAUCCUAAACCCACUUACCUGAGAGAAAGCACCAUUGAAUUCAAUAGGACGGUGUCGUGGGCUAGCUGGAUGCUGAGGCGUGGUGGAAAGCAGCAGAUGGGGAACCCCUAGGGGAAAGAUGUCUCAGAGCCAGGGGAUUAGUGGUGGAACGACACAGAGGGAGAAGAGGGAGCAGACUGGGAGGAGGUGAUGUCCGACGCUGAAGAGGCAACAGGAUUUAGAAGUUAAAACCUCUGCAGCUGAGGCUCAGCAUUCAAAAAUAUGCGUCUGAGUACCAGUUGCCAGAGAGAAACAGUGGGAGAGAUCUCCUGUGCUCAGGUCCUGCUGGUGGGCUUUCAUUGGCCAAUGUAAGAGCAGAAUGCUGGACUAGACAAGCCUUUGGACUGCUCCAGCAGGGCUCUUCUCUUCUCUUAAUGAGUGGCAGCCAUGUAGGGCUCCCACCCACUGAAAUAUUUCCAUGUCAGUGCAAAGCCUCCACAGGAGCAGAUGGGGAAAGUAUCCGGUGAGAUCUAAGCAACCGGCAUGAUUGCCUCUAGCAAACUUCAGCUGGACCUCUGACCACACAGAAGAGGUUGCUCAGCUGCACAGUAAUAAAACAUGCAUUGGGCCUGAGAAUUUGUGCGUACAUAGGAAAUGUACUUGUUUCUCUCCCAUUGCUGGGUGUCUUGAUAAUUCCACACAUUUCAAAUGAAAACUACUGUACCUCACUAGUACUAAUGUUUUAUGGUUUUUAACGAGGCUGAGAUAGGGUUGGAUAGACUCAUCAGUACCUGGCCCAUACCAGUUUUGCAUGGGGACAGGACUAACAAUGGUCUAAUGUACUGAUGCACAGUGCUCAAAAAUUUAUGUGGCAAAAAUUUCUGAUACUACUAUCCUGCAGCCAAAAUAAGCCAGACUUUGGCUUCUUGUGACUUCUGAACCCAGGCUCAUGCUUUGUUUCCUCCUCCCUAAAAAAACAUGAGCAGCAAGGUAAGGACAAAUAUUAGCUACUGCUUGUGGGUUUGUGUGAAGCGAAGCAAACCAAACCAAACCAAACCAAACCAAACCAAACCAUGAGCUCAGGUUUGGAGCACAUGACAAGCCAGACCCUGGCUUGCAGCAACACCCAGAAGCGACACAAUGGGAGCUUUGGGGCAGUAUGCAGAAGCACACUGCUCAGUCACCUUAGGGUUUCAUAGGGCAUGCAAGCAAAGCCACUGAAGUGCUCUUCAGCCCUCCUGUUCUGUCAUCUGGCCAGCUUGAGAAAAGGCUUCCCAGUUUGUUAGAUCAGUUUUCUAUGAUACCAAAACAGGGACACUAUGGUUUAAGCACUGCCUACAGUCCUGGUUUCCAAACUAUACAUUCAAACCAUAGUUUGGCUUCUAGGCACUCUUAAACCACAAGUUUCUGGUUUAGAUUCUAUGGGAAACUGUUAUGUACUGAAGUUCUCACCCUGGGCCAGCAGGGGGAUACUGUAGAUAGUUAUGCAAAUAAGGGAUCGAAAGUGACGUUCAGUGAUUGGAUAGUUUUAGAAAAUUGUUACAGUUACUUUGUACUGGAGCUCUAUAUAAGCAGGCUGACUGAACCCUUCAGUUCAGUUCUGUUCUGGCCUGUGAAUAAACAAGAGCUGUUUGAAGAAUCGCUGGGUCGUCUGAUAUGUUCACCCACAACUUAACAGAAACUUUAAGUCAUUGCAUAAGAGAGUAGGAGGGAGUGUUUGAGCUCACUGCUUGCUCUUGUUCUAACAAAGCACAGACAGUUGGGAGCCAUGAUAUAACGCCUCAACCAGGCCUUAGAAUGUCUCAAGAAAUGUUGUAGACAAAUAAGAUUGAAUAAAUAUUUAAAUCAGAAGAGCAAUUCCUUGCUCGGUUUCAUACAGAAUUCUUUGGCAUAUUUUCAUACACAUAAGGUAGAUUUGUGUAUCUGACUGCAUACCCUCCAACAUUUCUCCUAUUCCAUAGCAACAAACAAACAACAUUUAUACCCCACCCAUCUGACUGGGUUGCCCAAGCCACUCGGGUGGUUCAGGGAGGUCAUAUAACUAUAUCCUCCAACAUUUCUUCGUUGAAAAUAGGGAUGUUCUAAGGAAAAGCAGCACAUCCUGGGAUGAAAUCAGGAACUGCGCCAGCUUCUGUAAAUCUAGGACUGUCCCUGGAAAACAGACACUUGGAGGGUCUGUGAUUGGCAAGGGCAGUGCUCACAUUUCAGCCUUUACAGUCAGGCAAAGUUAUUACAAAUGCAGUUCUUGACUGCCACUCUCUGCACAGCCAGGCUGCCUAAAUCCCAUUAAUAAAUCUGUGCAGGAUUAUAGCCACACUCUCCAAAUAGUCUCAGUUCAAGACUUCUGACCAUUUAAAAUGUCUGUGCUUCAAGCUACAUUUCUCUUCUUCUAUAAAGAUGUGCCCUAGUCUUGUCCAGCAAUCUAUGUUUUCCAUGUCUUCUGUCUGAAAGCAUCUGAAUGUGCCGGCUUAGUCUUAACUUCUGACACCAUUCAUGCAAGCAAAACUCAAUUGCACAAUUAUUCACAAAGUGGGCCACACAUUCAUUUUCUAAAACUGAGCAAAUAUUAGUUGACUUCAUUCUAACAGAAUUGGCCCUAUUAUAGCUGUUAGAACCUCCAAACGAACAUUAGAUGCCUCCAGGGAACAUGAAGUUUAUAGGGGAAAUAAAAUGAUCCUGAUGUUCCCCCUUAAAAUAAAAAGCUGUGGUAUUGCCUAGUUUGAUAAACAUAGCCUAGUGGGGGAUAAAAUAAAUGUCCAGAAUAAAAAAUGCUUCCAAUGUUAGAGAGGUGGAUAAAAUACCGUUUCUGUUGUGUAGGUUGCAUGCUCAGUUAUGACUAGACCACAUCAUCGUAAGCUACUUCUCAAAGAUGACCCAGGCCAAAUAUUCACUCUGAAUCAGGAUCCCAUAUAUUCUAAAUUUCUCUAACUUAUUUCGUGAUGAAUUGGAAUCCUUAGUCACAAUACUGAAAGAGAAAAACCUUUUUAAAGGCUUUUUUAAAUUCUAAGUUGAGUCAUGGUGGGAGCAAGUCUCAAAAAAAGUGUGUGCCAGGGGAGUGGCAAGGGCAUUGCAGGCGUGGGUCAGAGGGAAACUUAUUCCAAACUUUGUUUAGCUCGGUCAUGUGACCUAGUAACUCAGCAGAAUUUAUAAUAGCCAAAAGAGUGCUGCAAGCCAAACACUAUUUAUUUGCUGCUCCUCAUCCUAAGGUCCUAGGACAGGUUACAGCAUUAAAACGCAGUAUUAAAAACAAGUCAAAACAAAUGCCCCCCCCCCCCCCGCACUCGGGCUGGCUCAGCCAGCAUUAACCCUGCUCCUGAGUGGAGUUUGGAACAGGGGUAAAUUACACUAGCAUAAUUUAUCUCAAUGUAAAUUAUGCUGGCUUCCUAAACUUUGGAUUGAUUUUGUUAUUCAGUGAGGCUUGCAUAGAAACAGUGUUUGAUGGAUUGCACCAUUUUCAGUUUGCAAUGUUUGCUAUUUUUUUUUUUUACUAUUAAGUGAUGUACUAUGUAUUUACAUACACAUCCCCCCCCCCCAAUUAAAAAAGUAUUUUUAUACAGCUUUACAAGGCGAAACAACGACAACCCCCCUCAAGGUGGUUUACAGGAAGGGGGUGGAGAACUCCAUAAAAGAAUUUAAAAUAUAGAGAACAAUAAACUGAAAUUAGUAGCAUAAAUAAAAAUCCCACCCCAGGUGAGAACUGUAGUAAUAAACAGUAAAAAAAAAAGAAAUUGUGGAAAGAGUUACAAUUAUGACUUUAAAGAGAUACAAAUCAACAAAGCCUUGUAUUUAUGCAUUUCCCCCCGGGAAGCAAAAUAGAUAAAUAAAUCCUUAUGCACCUGAAAACAAAGGGUUUCUGAAUGAUACCAUCUGCCAUUCAACAAGCACACAGGUGUCUCUGGAAUGAAUGAAGGAAAAACAUAGCAAUGCAAUAAAAAUGGAUCACAUGACAUUUGUUGCUCCCUUUCUAGGGUAGGAGAAUCAAGAUCAGAAAUGACUGAGCAAUCUAUAAUGAUCCAGUCCAUAUCUGUGUGGCACUUCCACCCUUCCUGGUUCAGUUUGAACAGUUGUUGGAUAAAUAGUGCUGUCUUCUCAAAAUAAGCUGCAAAUAUCAGUGUGCCCUUGUCAAAACAGUCAAUAUGAAAACGCAAAGGUUUCUAGCACCAAAAAAAAAGCAAACAAACCCUUGUUAACUGGAAAUAAUGUGUACGUCUGGAGGAAAACAAGUAAUAUCGCCAAAGGACUCUCAAUUAGAAGCAGAUUAUAACAGGCUUUUGGAAAAGAGUAAUGGCAACAUUUGUAGCCGCUGAGUGCAGGAUUUAGCAAGCAGCCUUAGGACUGCAGACUUGAUUGCAGUAAUGGCCGUUAUGACAGCCGGUUCCUAGAAUGGCAGCAAUAAAGUAGAAUAACCUCUAGGGAAAUUUCACACAAUUUCAUAUUGCCGCAAUAUGCGCAUAAGGACUGAACCUAGUUGAGAGGAACAGUUGCGUGGCCUGUUUUGGGAAGGAUUAAAUGCACCCUCUUAAUUCUUCCCUUGCCAUGUUGAUUGCACCUGUAUUGCAGGUGUAACCUUCUCUUCCUUCCUUCCAGGAUCUAAGCUAUAGAGACAAUUACUGAGGCAUCCUCAGGGACAAUUUUUUUAAAAAUAUGCACAUUUAUACUAUCAAUAACUAUAACACUCUUGAUUACAAGAUCUGUUGCAGGUGUAACAGAUUUGCAACAAACACAAAUUAUAAUUAUCCCUGCAAAAGCCUCAAUAGCAUACCAUUCAUCUUCUUUAGAUACUAGCAGUAAUGGAAUAGGUAUCAUUGCAAUCAGUGUCCAGAUGGCAUCAUUCUCUCCAUACCUUUCACACUGGAUUUGUAGAGAGCGUGAGUUCUCUUUCUUCCUUAAGCAGCAGGAAAGGCGGUAGUGAUAGAACAGAACAUGGAAGGGAAAGCCACCAGUGUGUGUGUGCAUAAAUAAAAUACACACUUGACAGUGUGCCCACACAAACAGGUGCAGAAAAAUAUUCUCACACCCCUUUUCAUUUCUAAAUAUUUAGUUAACCUGAAGCAGGCUUUUAAGGUAUUAAAAAAAAGAUGGGUCUGAAAUUCCACCGGUGUGAAGAGAAAGAAACUAGGAAGCCUCCUAACAGCAGCAACAAAAAUCACUGAGUAUGUUCUGGUCCAAAACACUCCUUCCUUCUAUGUCCUGAACCCCUGGGCCUACCUGUCCACAAGUCAGUAUGUCCAGUCCGAAGUCCAAAGCCCAGGGGUCAACCAUACAAGCAAAGCCCAAAGUCCGCAAUCCAAAGGCCAGGAAACGCAGUCCAGGGUCAAUCCAAGUAGGGAAGCCUGAAGUCCCCCACUCAGGAGACCGCCCAGAGUCAAAUUCAAAGCAUAGUCCUGCAGAGGCCCAGGAGCAUCCAAGACAAAGUCCAUCAAUAAGGGCAGUUGAGCAGACACAGCACCUCAGCUCUGCUUCCUUUUCAUACUUUGCAGGCUGAUUGAAGCAUCUGGGCUUGAUGAGGCAGGUUACCCUCACCUGCUCCAAGCCUACUCCAGCUGAGAAAUCACAUCCCUCCUUCCAGAGCCAACAAGCCCCACCUGGCCAGCUAGGGAGCUGGGCUAUGGGCCCUUGCCUGCCUCAGCCUCCUAGACUCCUGCUGUUCACUAUGCCUCAGAGGCCACCGUGUUCAUGGGGACAGGGGGCCCUCUGGCUCUGAGGAUGGGUCCUGCCGCUCUGGUUACUGUGUACUGUCCUAUAUCCCCUCACCAUCUGUCGCCCUGUGAGUACUGCCUUCCCAAUUCCCAGCUUGUCCUGCUGUCCUAGUCCCGGCUACCCCCCUCGCCAGGAUCCUCUUCCUCCUCACUGCCAUCCUGCCAGUUCAUGACAUUCUAGAACUUAAAGGCCAUACACAUUAUAAAGCAGGAGAUUCCCAUGCAGACACAACCUUAGCUGGAAGGAAAGCUUCCAGCUAAUUAUCUGAACUGGGUUUAAGGCACAGAAUGUGCAUGGACAUGCCGGCUUCUCAGAGAUCAGAGUUGUCAGAAUAUCUUCAGUGUAGCUUCUGUGAAGGACGAGGAAACGGUUGGUUUAGCAAGGAUUAACAGGUAGAAAGGACAGAAGUAGCCAGGGGACAGAUCAACAUGGAAGAGGUUCAGCAUCGUCUACACUGGCUUGAUCAUGUCUACAGAAUGGAAGAUGGCAGGAUCCUCUUCAAGGAUGGGGAGCUGGCUUCAAGUACCAGGCCUGUUGGCAGACCAACUCUGCAUUACAAAGAUGUCUGCAAACAUGACAUGAAGGUUGGCAACAUCAACCCCACCAUGUGGAAUUCCCUUGUAGACGACUGCAGUGCCUGGAGACAGUCAGGUCAUGCAUCCAUAGCAGUGACCAGACGAGGAAUGGCCACUGGGAGGACUGCAGAGAGGAGAAAUGCCGUGUUGCAUCUGCAGCAGGACAACCAGAUGCCUUCAUCUGCCCCUGUAACAAAACAUGUCUCUCCUGUAUUGGUCUCUGCAGCCACAGCAGGUGCUGUAACCUUCCAACAGUUUGACUUCACUGACAAAGGCACACUCCUUCAUUGUCUCCUGACACAGACGGAUGCCAACAACAAUCCUAGGGGCAAGAGAUGAUGGUGAUGAUUUCCCCACCCUUCACCCUAAGGUCCCUGGGUGGGAUACAACAAUUAAAACAGAAGCUUAAAAAUACUAUGGCACAGGGAAAUGGCAGAGAAAUGGGAAGCUGAAAGAAGGGGUGAUAUAAAUAUAAAAAUAUUUUAGAAGUUUGCCUGGCCAGAUAGCCACUUAAAUUCUGGAAACUUUGUGAAGGAAUGGAAUGCUAUUCCUAAGUCUGCUCUAAUAACUCAUUUAUUUAAAAUGGGCAGAGGAAAUAGGAUAAUGAGGCAAGGAGGAGAUAUUGAGAGAGGGAGCCAUGGAACAGGGGCUUAAUUUGGAGCGCAGGGUCAUCAGUAAGCUAAUGGCACACAGCUCUACCUCUACAUUCCAUUGGAAUCAGGAGAGGCUGUGGAGGCGUUGGAGUCUGGCAGCAGUGAUUGACUGGAUGGGGUGAAUAUACUGAGGCUGAACCCUGAAAAGAUGGAAGGGCCGGGGCCGGGAAAUGAGGUUUGGCUAUCCCAUGUACUGAUUUGCACUAACUAGCCAAUUCUUUGGAUUCUAGUAGCCUGACACCUGUCUCCUGCCUUUUCCAAGGAGAGUUCUGAAAAGAAGGAACUUCACUUUGCCUGCGUGCCUAAAACUGCCUUUGCAGCCACAAAGGGAAUUAAUAAAAUUACAAAUCAGUAUUUAUUUUCGCAGCAGAAUAUCCUGUAAAUCCCCUCAUUAUUCAGCUCGCCCUUGCUCUUUAGAAUGCAGAGGGGGCUUACUGAAGCCAAAUGGAUGAGUAGCGCUCUCUUUAGUCUUCCGGGGCUUCUGAGAAAUGCUUUGGCUAUUUGCACAGUUGGGCGGGCGGGCGGGCUGAAACUGAAACAUUUUAUAAUCUGUUUGAUGUGACACUUCAAGCUGUUUCGCACAUCAGCGUAAAUGUCAUUGUGCUGCAGACCUCAGUAUACAUCGCAGGACACCAAGGAGCAGUAUUGAUAUUCAUGUUCAUAACUAACAUUUGCUGCAGCAACCAUUUGUAUAUACACUGCGGGGAAAUGUGUGAAGACUGGGCAGUAUUCUCAUAGGCCAAUAUAACAAUAUGACCUCCUUUGCAGUUGCCCAAAUGCAUAGCUUUCAGAGGGAAGUAUUUCACUGUGAGGUUUACAGGAUCAACUCUCACAUCACGAUGGGGGAAGAAAUUCCGUUUAGUUCACGUUUACAGGUGAACUUACAUGAGUCACACUUUCUGAAACAAUACAAAACUGAAACAGAGCUAUCUUUUGAAAGUUGUGCCUCUCCAAAUUUUGCAAUGCAGUUUUCAAGCCAAGUAAUGUGUUCAAAUCUACAUAUACUAGGGUAAUGUGUGAGUAUAAAUGCAUGUAUUAGUGAAAAUAACAUACAAAACCACAUUCUAUUUGGGGGAGGGGGAAACACUUUGCAAAAAUGUGUAUAUGAGGAAUUCCCACUAAAAUGCUGAUGAAUUUUCAUCAGGAUAUAUAGAUAUAUAUUUUCUAAAAAGUUGUACUCUGAUGUGGAAAUGUGGAGAACCAAAUUUAAGAUUGGGAAAGUGAGAAACUAAGAGUAACCAAAAUGGACAUACUUGCCCAGCCCUUCUCUCACAACAUAGUGUUUGCAUUGCCAGCGCAGGAGCCUACCUUUCUUCACUUCACAAAGUUACUAGCAGAACAAUCCUAUAUUCAGGAUUUGACAGAAGUCAUGAUUUGCCCCCAGAACUCAAGACAUGCCUCCAGAAUAAAACAUACACUGAUAACACCAGCAGAACACCCCCCCCCCCGGUGUAGCUGUUUUGCUGGUGAAGAGACACUAGCAUUCUGGCCGAUUCAUAUGGGAGGGGGAUUUUUAGAUCUACCCUUUCUUACCGUGUAGAGUGCCAGGCUGUAUGAUUUUACAUGUAUUAAAAAGGAGUGUAAACUGACCUCUGGAUCUGUGCAUUUUAAGUUUGGUUAUAUUAUUACUAAGUGAAUGUUGCAUUCACACGCGAAUUUAGACAGAUAGCCACACAAGCUCUUUCAGAUGGUCUUUAAAUGAAACAUCUCCAUUUAAGGUGAGGGAUGGGGAGUUUAAGCUGUGAAGAUGAAUUUUGGAUUUAAAAAUGGAAACAAUUUGUUGUGCAGCUGUGUGGAGCAUGGAAUAUUUAGAGGCUGAGGUCUAUUUCUUGAUUUUUGUUUUCCUGUUGUGUAUUUCCUAGGCAUUUACUAAAAUCCUAAAGUCUAGGAUUCUCUGGGAAACCAGUAAAUGAAGUGAAAUUAACAGAAGCUUUGCCAGAAAAUAGAAGACAUAUACAUAUAUGGACACAAACACAUUUUCUAUAUUUAGUAAAAUUCCUCUCUUCUUCUAUUCCCAGGGGGUUAUAACAUAAAUGAUGUCAUGUUUUACUGGACAAGGGGAAAUGAUUCCGUUAAAGGCUUAGAAACCCUUCGAUUGGCGCAGUACACAGUAGAAGACCACUAUACCUCUAGUUCUGAAGCUGUCUAUGAAACAGGUAGGUAACUCUUCAAGAGUUCAUUUACAGUCAUAAAAUCCUACUUACUUCUUGACCUUUCUGUCUUUCCAGUUCACUUCAAUAAAGCUAGCUGGGAAUGGUCUGAAGGCAGAUGAUGAUGCUUACUUUCUCAUAUUCUAUACCUUAAAAAAAAAAAAGAAGAACCCAGAAUGGCCAACAGCAUAUAAAACACAACAAUUAACAGAUGUCACAGCAUUAAAACAGAAUAAAAAUAUAAUAGUAAAAUACAUGAAAUAGUGAGAUGUUGCUGCUGAAACUAAGCAGGUUUGGAUCUGGCCAGUGUCUGGAUGGUAGACUGGAUGGGAAUCCUUUAUAUGCCACCUUGAGUUUAUUAAAGAAAUUUAGGAUGAUGAUGAUGAUGAAUUUAAAAAACUUGGCUGUGCUGCUGGACCUUGACUGCUUGACUAAAAACCUUUAUUGUAUAUCAAGUCUUCUGAUUCCUAUGCAUGCCUACUCAGAUGUCCUGCUGAGUUCAAGGGGGCUUACUCCCAAGUAAAUGUAUACAGGAUUACAGUCUCUGUUAGCAGAGAACAUCUGUACAAAACUUUCAAACCAAGAAGAAUACCCUCCCAAAAAACAAAAAAACCCCAAAUCUAUUAGAACAACCAGUAAAACUAAUUGAAAUAAAUUAAGCACAUUAAACAAUAGAAGCUCGACUAAAUAAACAUGUCUUUAAAGCUCAUUUAAAUGCUGAAAUUGAUGAGAUUCGGCAGGCAGCUGAUUCUAUCCUCUGGGGGCCACCACCAAGAAUAUUCUCCCUGCAGGGGCCGCUACACUCUUAGAUGAUGGAACCAUUAAUAGGUUCUCUGAGCUGCAUCUUCUGCAAAUCCUGGUUCUCACAGCUGAAGGCUGUCAGGUCCACCCCCCACCCCCCGAUUGCAUGCCUCAGUGUGAUAAGAACAAUCCGAUGCACUGAAUUAUUAUUAUUAUUUUCCUUCUGGAUGCUGCACACAUUUGCUGCACACAGAAGAUAGAGCUUUUUUUACAUACCAUCCCAGCUAUUACAUUUGUGAUUCACAACUCAAUAAUAUGCUUUUGCAUUUAAGUUUCAAUCAACGUGCAUUGUGCCAUUUUUAUUUUAUAUUCUGGUUUCUACUCAGAUCGGAUAAAUCUUUUGCCUUCCACUAAAGAUUUUUAUUUGAGAGCAUCAUUGACUAAGGAAACAUCAUGACUCGAAGUCCUAACUCACAUUAAAACAGCAAAUGCCUAUAAAUAGGUAUAAAAAUACAGAUCUCCACUAGCAGACUUCAUGUUCAGACAGUAUCUUGCUUCUUACAUAAGUGGCAUCUGCUUGCUUUCCUCACUGCUUCUGCUGCUGGCUAGCCAUCGUGCUCAAAGAAGGCUAAUUAUUCCAUAUUGCUGCUCUGCCCAGAGAGAAAGCCGAACCUGUUCGCUCAUCAGAAAAUAAAAUACAUGUUCACUUCUGAAUGUUUCGGGGAGAGAAUGUGUAAACAACGCAAAGAAAAGCAAAGUGCAGGCCAUUGUUCUCAUUUAUAUAGGAUUAUAUUUUCUAACAAUAAAUGAAGUAUAGCUAUGAUAUAUAUAUAUAUAUAUAUAUAUAUAUAUAUAUAUAUAUAUAUGGAUGUGCAAAUAAUAACAAUUCAUUUCAUUGUUUCCUUUGGUGGCUUGAUUAAUUUCCAUGGCUUUUUUCAGCCAUUUUCUUCACUGUGUGUCUGAUUGGAAUGGGGGAGAGAGGGGGAAGGUUUUAUUUAUUUAUUUUAAAUCAUUUCCCAUUGAUUUCAGUAGGCAAAUCUUAUUUCACAUUUCACAUUUAUUUUUUACAAUCAGAUGAAAUUUGCAGGGUGGUGGUUCUUCCUUGAGCAGACAUAGGCCCCAGAGGAGCAACUUGUACCUGCUUUGCUGUAUCUCCAGGCUUUUGGGCAGUUUACAGGGGCAUAGGAAAGGGGGUGUGGCCUGCUCCGGGUGUCAUCCCUGAGGAGUUGACAAAAUGGUACACCGCAGGGGGCGGCACUUACUGUAGGCCUGGCCUACAGCGCGCCCGAGCCACACAUCUCUCCUGGGAGUGAUGCAGUGGCUCGGGCCCCACGCUGCCCAAAAUGGCAGCGUGGGGCUUGCGUCUGCCAGGCGGACUCAGUGGGCAGCUCGCUGCAGCGUCCCCAUGUAAGGGCUGAGCCAGUACAUUUGAGUUCCCCGGAUGUGGGAGAGGACUUCAGGGUAGAAGAAGAGGACGCUGUGCCUGAGGGGGAGGGAGCUGGGAGAGGCUGCAAGCGAGCCAACAGCUCCACAGGGACAGCAAGGGUUAAGUUCUGGAUGAGAGACUGGCAAGAGAUUUACCAGGCCUGUGGACAAGAGGAGACUUGAAAGGCGGGGCGAUAAAUUCCUGCAUUUUGUGAGGUGUUGGCGGUGUAAGAAGAGGUCUCUCCUGGUAUCUGAACUGAGUGACUCUGAUGAAUGAUAAUGAACUCUCGAUGACCAUUGUAAAUAUUGUAAAUAAAGACCAUUAAAACGCUAGAAGUCUCUGGAGAGGAUUGUUUGUGAGGAGAGGUAGGAGCCGCCCUGACACCCUGGGUGGAUCGCCGCGGCGCUCCUGGCAGCUUAGCCAAGUUGUGGUUAAGGAGGAGAUCAUCUCAGGUUUGGAAGACACGUUAAGCCAAACUUUGGGUUAGCUGCCAUGUUUCACUCACCUGAAAAGCAUGGGGAGAAGCAAAGUGAAUUCUGCCUCCUCUUUAGAGGCCAGCAGAUUCACACAUAUGCACUAAGCCAUGGUUUGGCUUAGAGUGAUGGGCAAGCACUGUCAAGGAACUGCCAUCAGCUCAGAGCUGAAGGGAAGUUGUGUUAUAGGGAACCUCUGAAGAUCUUGUGAAGCAGUUCCUCCUCUGGCGAGGAGGAAAGCCCCGUCUCCAGUGGGGAGGAGGUGCAGGGACCAGGAGAUGCUAGGGAGAGCCUCAAUAUGGAGCCUGAGCAAAGCGGAGGGGAGGGAAGUACCCCUUUGCCAGCACCCACUCUGUGCAGUAGGUUUCGGUGCAGAGAGGGGAGGAGAAAGAUGGGGGUCACAUGGCUGUUAUGCUGGGGAGGCUACUCCCAGAUUCUGCUAGCAACUGAGCCAGAAAUGAACUUGCGACACUCUUCACUGUAAAUAUUUUGCACUAAUAAUAAAGCUGGAAAAGACAGGUCAGUGUCUUGCCUGUUUGCUCUCGAGCAACCACACCAACACCUGACAAACACUGAAUAGAAAUUAGAUAUAAGUAUGACGGGUGAACUAGCAAGUUGGUAAUUGUGUGCUUUAAAAAACUGUGAAGCUUUAAAAUAAUGUGUUCUGUGUGCUUCUUACCUUGUUUUCUUAAUGCUGGUCAUAAUAAUAAAGAUUUGAUCUGAAGCUUUAAAAUAUUAUUUAAACUUGUACAUGAAGAAGAAAUUGUCAAGAAAUCUAAAUGACUUGUUGCAUGUCUCUCUUUAUUCACUACACAGGGCACUAUCCAAAGUUAGUCUUCCAUUUUGAGCUCAAGAGGAACAUUCUGUAUUUUAUCCUUGAAACAUAUGUACCAUCCAGCUUGCUGGUUGUCCUCUCCUGGGUGUCAUUCUGGAUAAGCCAGUCCUCAGUGCCAGCCAGAAUCUGCAUAGGUGAGCUACAAUCAUAAAACACAGAUGCACUGCCCACCCCCUGCCCAGGUCAUGGUGUUUUAACAUGGAGGAAGCUGCUGCAUUUUUGUUCCUCCACCACCUAUGUAAUGCAGUAAGCCUUGAACCAUGGGAUCUAUGUUCCAGCUCCUCUGUACAUUAACCAGACAAGUCCUAGAAACUGGGAAGGGCAGAUGCAGUGAGCCUAAGGAGCCUCAUGUUACUCAGCCAGUGCGAGAAUGAACUUCUAGUAUUCUGCAAGUGUAACAAGUGAAACAGCGGAAACAUUGGUUCUGUUAGGUGUUUUAUUCUUGGGUAAAAGUAACAUGUGUGGAAGAGUGGCUCCACCACUACUGUUCCCACCACCCUCCAGGAGCUGGAAGAAGGACCACUGCAGAGAGGAGCCUGCUGUUCUUGUGUAAGCUCCUCAUGCUAUUUAGAAACCUGAAAAAGCAAGGGUCUGUAUCAUUAGAACGCAAGAAGAACCCACCAGUGGUCCAUUGAGUUCAGCAUCCUGUGGACAGCCUGCAACCUGGAGUCAAGCUUAAGAGCACUCACCCCUCCUGUGGUUUCCCUCAGCUGGCACUCAAACUCAUACUGCCACUGUGUAGGCGUAGGUAAACCAUAGCCAUCAGGAUCAGCAACCAUCUAUGCAGCCUUAUCUUCCAUGAAUUUGUCUAAUCCUCUUUGUCUAAUCACUGCCUAUAACAUGUGGGGGAUAUUACCCCAACUCAUGGGGGGCUGUGGGGACAGUGUUGGGGGAAGGGAGAGCUUGCAUGCACAGCCUCCCUCCCUCACUGCAGGCUGAUUUUACACCGAAGUAGACUCCCUGUGUGGGGCUGUUGUGGUGCACGUAUCUCUUAUGCAUUCUGCAAUGCUCACUUCAUGGGGAUGCAGGACUUCAGUGUCCCUCUUCCGGCAUUCAGUACAAGUGAGCUAGCCUUGUCCACUGGGUACCAAUGCUCUAGCUACUGACCAACCUGGCCAAGUCCCCAAGGUGACACAUGAUCUGCAUCAGUAUGAAGGUCACCUCAUGGGCAGUGGAGGGUUCCUUUCCCCUUGGAGGGAGUCCUACAUGUCCUUAUGUACAUAGCCCCCUUUCAAACUGGUAACGAUCAGAUGUGGCUCAUGCACUGGUGGGAAAGGUGGCAACAAUAAAAUAUGGAAAUAGACUGAGUUAGGUCUGUCUAAGAGCACCGACUCUUAAUUCACAUUGGCUCUCCAGGAUCUGAGGGUGGUGGGGAGAGAUUUUACAGCCACCUGCUAUCAAAGAUUCUUCAACCAGAGAAUUCAGGGCUUGAACCUGGGGCUUUCUACAUGGAAAAACAUGUGCUCACCAAACCUGUCUACAUGUUAUGGUGGCUCAUGUGAAAAGAAGUGCGGUAUAGUGGUCAGUGUCAGACUAGGACUUCGGAGAGCAGGGUUCAAUCCCCACUUGGCAUGAAACUCAUUGGGUGGCUUUGUAUUCCCUUUCGCCACCAAAAUUAAUUCACAAUGUUAUACAUCGUUUCUCCAAGACUAACUUAGAGAGUAAUUCAGACAUCUCUUACCCUCACUUUUUACUUUUUCUUUUUACUCUGCUCCUUUUUGACCAUGGUGCAGAACUUUACCGUAAACUUUAUCCAAAGUAUUAUUAACACCUCAAAAUAUUCAUACGUUAAACAUUUUCUGCAUUUUCUUCCAAAUGAGGUGGGCUAAAAUGAGAUGACAGAAGACCUCACUGUCAAGUAAAUAUUGAGCAGCUUCUGCUCAGAGGCAGCAGGAGAUGGUGUUGCUGCUAAUCAUGCAAGAUCACCUCUGAUUUCUCGUUUUGUUUCCGUAGGUGUUACAACUGUGCUCACCAUGACAACUCUUAUGAUGGGAGCCAGGACAUCACUUCCGAAUGCUAAUUGCUUCAUCAAGGCAAUUGAUGUCUACCUGGGUAUUUGCUUUAGUUUUAUCUUUGGCGCAUUACUGGAGUAUGCAGUAGCUCACUUCUGCACCCUUAAUCGAUCUGGAAUGAAGAAACUCACAAAGGUAUUUGUUUUGUUUUAAUUCCCCCAUUUACUGAUUUCCAUAGCCUCUCUUCAAACCAUCCUAUCCAUUGCUUCCUCUGCUAUGAAAGCAUAUCAUGAUUCCAACUUUUAGCAGCUCUUUACAACAUACAUUCCCCGCCUGCUGUAGCAUGACCAGGUUUUGCCUUGCUUCUGCUAUUAUUCACUGCAGAUUGGUUCCCAAUUUCUUUCCGGUCUCAAUUCAAAGUGGUGACCAUCACUUUGAAAUCCUAUAUGGCUUGGACCCAGCACUUUUAAAAGAAUGUUAGGUGAGAUCACCAUGGAAAGCUCUGCCCUGUAAACCAUCAGCAGUUGGUGGGUAUAAAGGACCAUUUGCCUUUCAAUGCUCAGAAAGACCUUGAAAGAUUGUCUUUAUUAUUAAUAUUGUCUCAUCCCCUGAUCAGAGAGCUUUUUAUGUGCUGCUGCUAAUGAUAGCUGAUGUCUGGUAUUAAUUUGUGUUUUUGAUUUAUUUUUGAUUUAUUGCUCAUUAUUGCAUUGAGGCCCUUUCUGUGCCCCCAAAGCAGUGUAAAAAUGCUGAAAUAAAUAUAUUCCCCAUCAUGGUCUUAUUGUGACUAUUGUGUGGUUCAGGAGCACAAUGGUCUUGAUCCACCAUGAAACAGAAUGACAUGGUAGAACAGAGUGUGGUGGGACAUCACAUUUCUGAAUGUUUCUUGAUGUAAAAAAAAGGUUUUGUAGAUGAAAAACCAGCACAGCAGGGCUUAGACUCAGGUAGAAUAUCUCUCCCCAGUUUGUUAGUUUUUGUUUUGCUUUUUACUGGCAGGAAGCUCAGUGCAAUGAAAACUGGCAUCACCCCUCCUGAACUGCCGUGGUUCAUUGUUUUGCACAGGUAGAUCAGGUGUUGGCGACAGCAACCUCUGUGUUUGCCACAUGGCACCUCCAGGUCUCCUGGUGAAUCCUUUGGGGCUUUGUGGGGCUUUUCUAUGCGAACUAGCAGACAUGGUAGACAAGUGUGUUUACAGGCACACGUCUGGUCUUACAGGUCUUUACUGAGAGGUAACAUUGUUGAUUGCCCUGUAAAGUUUGAAUGGGCCCUGAGAGGUUUGAAUAUACACUGUUCUGCUACCAGUAAGGACUUUAGCACUGCUAUGUGCCACCGUGCAAUGUGAAAUGCCAUCGUGCCUUUAUGUUGUGCUUCAGUCAUCCAGAGCGAAAGAAGGUAGAAAGGAAAGAAAGAGAAACCUGAAUUCAGUCCUAAACGUAUCCUCAAAUGUUCCAAGGACUUGAACUGUGAAAUAUAUUCUAGCUGCUAGCAAUCCAUUGGCCUGCACCGUCCAAAAUCUUACAGGGGACAAAAAGAAGAAUGGGAAAAUGUUUGUAAGAAGUGUAGAGCCCUUACUGACAAGUCACAUUCCCAUACCUGAUAAAUGUUGUGGCGCUCUCUAGUAGGCAGUACAAUAUAGAAAACCAUGAAAAUGGAUAACUUCCCACCAAAGCGACCUCUUUUCUCUAUCCUGUGGACUGUUGGAUUUGAACAAACACAUCCAUUAAUAGAAGCAAGAAGCAGCAGCAGAUGCCAUUUCCAGUAGGUUUCAGCUGUUGUGCAGUUGCUUUCCAUAGAUCCUGCAACUGAUUUUUAUAUCCUUUUAUAUUGCCAUCUGCUUGCUAUUCUCUCCUUAGGAGCAGGAAUGGAGAGCAGAGUAAAUAGCAUUACUAUUUAAAAAUACGCUCCAAAGUUGAGCUCCCUUUUGAUAUGCAAGGUUGGUUUUCCUAAUGUGAAACAGUUUAAUUCCCCCCUUUCUCUCUCUCUUUUGGAGCCCCUCAGCAGUCCUUUAAAUGUCCCCUGAUACUCUAGAUUUUGUAUAGCAGAUAGGUAUUUGUCAUUCUAUUAUAGAUUCUCUUUCUUCUCUUCGCUAGGGCAAUAGGAUAAGUAAACUUGUGCUAGAAACGCGUCUUGUUAAGGUUCCUUAGAGAAGAGCGUAUUCUAACAUACAGACACUAAGCUGAUAACUUGCCAUGCCAGAUGCUGGAUUUCACACAUGGUUUAGCUUCCUCUUAGGGAACAUAAAGGAGCUAAAAGCAAUCUGAUAAAGCAUCAGCCACCUGCAAACAAGUUUCAGAAAACCGGAAAAGAAAAAAGAAUGUGUGUUUAGCAUCCUUUCCCGCUGCGCAAUAAACCUGCUGCUUAAUACAAUUUUUUUUUAAAAAAAAAAUCAUUUCAGCAUAAAAAACCCCAGAUAUCUCCAACUGAAAAAAAGCACUCUAAAAAAGAAAAACAGCCCAGGUAGAUGCGUCCAUAAAAGUUUAUAGAUGAUCAUCUGUACCAUUUCCGUUUACAAUGAGUGAUAAGGAGGUUGCUUCCCUUAGCAUUGUGUAUUUUUAUUUUCUAAGUAACGGCGCCAGUGUCUAAGCAAUGUAAACAUUAUUGUUUAUGCCGUAAUGGAAAGUCACAAGUGAAGCUGAUCCACUUUAAUGUUGAGAAGAUUAGUGAAUAAAAUGCAGAAUUAAAUAGCCGAGGGCAGAUCUGGCCAGAUCCAAAACCUAGUUGCCAUGACUAAGAUGAGAUUCCCAGAACAUCAAAGGUCAUUGUGGAUGCGAAUUGUUUCCUUCAUGUUAAAUACAAAGAAAAGACCACCCCUUUUUUUUGGUAAAGCACAUGUAGAUUUGCCUUUUUCAUCAAUGUGUAUGGAGAAGUCCUUGUGGGGAAGGUUCAAACCCAGCUUAUUUGUCCUUAUCCACUCCACCACUGUGCCCAGAAAACCUGCUGAGCUGAAGUGUAAUGUUUUCUCUUAAGAAGCCUAAGAAAACAUUUAAACACACACAGUGGAAUGUUGUCAGGGGACUGCCAUCGGAACAGGGGAGGGAGACAGGGGGGCCGUUGGGAUACAGAGAGCCUCUGAAACUCCUGAGGAGCAGUUCCUCUUCCAGCGGUGGGAAAAGCCACACCUCCAGUGAGGAAGAGAGGGAAGGGGCCAGCCAAGCGAAGAGAGGACUCGAGGAUGCUGCUAAGAGCCCCAGCAUCUCACCUUGCCAGGCUGGCCACUUCCGUCCUGGGGUGCUGAAGUUCUUAUGUUGGGGGAGAAGCCGGAAGGGGCCACUCCCAGUUUCUGCAAGUGACUGAGACGGACAUGAACUUGGUAGAUCUGCGCUGUAAAUAGUUUGUACAAUAAAACCUGUAAAAGACAGGUUGGAGUCCUGCCGGGUUACUCACGAGCAACCACCACCAGCAUCUGACAAAUGUGAAUGGUUUUCAUUUCCCCCCCCCACAAUUAUAAUCUUUAAGCUUCAACUCCCAAAGAAUCUAAAGUGUGAAGAAGGAAAAAAUACAUAUGUAAGAGAAUGAAUCUGAAGAUGACCUAGAAAUCAUUCUGCCCCAAAACAAAUCAUUCAGCUGGCAAAUAUGGGCACUAGUUUCAGGUGUAGUUCAGAGCUUGAAUUCAGUGAACUUUAUUAAACUGAACUAGUUUUGUUCCAGGCACUGGUAUAUCUGUAGCCUUUAGAUAAAAUGGAUUGUUGGCUGAUAUUUAAAGGAUGUGUGUUAUGGAACUGAUGAACAAGUGGUUUUGUCCAAUUGUGAUUCUUACCAGGAGGAGGAUGACGAGGCUGAAGAGGAGAUCAAUGGAGUCCUGUCAGCAAUUGCCAACAGUUGCAAGGCUGAUAAGAUUAACAAGGCUGAUGCAGACAAGCUCACCAAAACCUCUAGAGGCAGAAAAGAGGAGAAAAGUAAACACAGCCGGUGUCACUCACCAAUGGCAGUGAUGAAGAGACUUUUCUGUAUAUUUGACUGCUUUCAUGUUAAAAACCCAUACCACAUAGACAAUUACGCCCGGCUUUCCUUCCCAUUAUCAUUUAUCAUAAUAAAUGUUUUUUACUGGGUUUAUUAUUUGUAUUUCUAAGCUUUUGAAAACGUCUCAUGGAAUAGUGUGGCAAGUGUAGCAAAGGUGCACAGAGUUAUGUCAGGGAAAAGAUUUUAAUCUGCAGGGCAUUACAAUAUCAAAAGAAGACUGUCAUUUUAUUGAGUAGUUUUUCUGUUGAGUUUCUGGUUAAAUUACUGUCCACCUGUUAAGACUACUGUAGUAUAAAAAUCUAUUGCUGGUCAUCUGUUAAAUGACUGUAUUUUUUAAAUUGACCUCAUUUUUAGCAUGCAUUUUCCUAUUAUUCGUAACAUUGACUGAAUGGCACAACACUUUUUUUAACUACCUGUAAAGCUUUGUAAAAUUGAAAUUGGCAUAACACUAGUGUGAGGCUGUGAUGAUUAAUAUGUUUGAAAAUUAAAACAAGAAGGAAGUGUUAUCCUGCCC